UGACGAGCCUUUUCCGGUGGAGACGUGGCUAGAUGUCCUUCCAUAUUGAACCUGUAUACAGACGCAACUUUCAUUCCGUAAAUUGUGCAUUGUAGACAGUAAAUACGUGGUAAUAUAUUACGGAAGCGGCUCGGCAAAUAUUUUUUAUCGCAUAAGGGAUAACACUAACAAAAUGGUGCUGUUGGCAGCGGCGGUGUGCACCAAGGCGGGCAAGGCCAUCGUUUCGCGGCAGUUUGUGGAGAUGACGCGGACGCGCGUUGAGGGUCUGUUGGCUGCUUUCCCCAAGCUGAUGAACACGGGCAAGCAGCACACGUUCGUAGAGACAGAGAGUGUGCGCUACGUCUACCAGCCCCUGGAGAAGCUCUACAUGGUGCUCGUCACCACCAAGAACAGCAACAUCCUGGAAGACCUGGAGACUCUACGGCUCUUCUCACGUGUUAUCCCAGAGUACUGUCGUGUGCUGGAGGAAGGGGAGAUCUCUGACCACUGUUUCGACCUGAUCUUUGCCUUUGAUGAGAUUGUGGCGCUAGGCUACAGGGAGAAUGUCAACCUGGCCCAGAUCAGAACCUUCACUGAGAUGGACUCUCACGAGGAGAAGGUGUUCCGCGCUGUCCGAGAGACUCAGGAGCGGGAGGCUAAAGCUGAGAUGAGGCGAAAGGCCAAAGAGCUGCAGCAGGCUAGGCGUGACGCAGACCGCUCUGGGAAGAAGUCUCCAGGGUUCUCCGGUGGGUUCGGAAGCAUGUCCAGCAGCAGCAAUGCCACCAUCAUCACUGACACCCUCAUGGAGCCAGAGAAACCCAAAGCUUCGCCUGUCCCCGCUAGGGCUAGUGGUCCCAGUAAGGCCCUGAAGCUGAGCGCCAGAGGGAAGGAGGUUGACGACUUUGUGGACAAGCUCAAGUCUGAGGGCCAAGUCAUCAUGCCUACCUCAGGAAAGAGGCCCACAGAAGCAUCCAAAUCCCUGCCUUCACCAAUUAAUACCGAGAGUGUGCAUCUCCGCUGUGAGGAGAAGAUCAGCCUGACCUGCGGGAGAGACGGAGGGCUGCAGAACAUGGAGGUCCUGGGCAUGAUCACCCUCCGGGUGGCCGAUGAAAAGAACGGACGCAUCCGCCUCACCAUCAACAAUGGAGACAAGAAGGGUGUCCAGUUGCAGACACAUCCCAAUGUGGAUAAGAAGCUUUUCACCACAGAUUCAGUGCUGGGCCUCAAGAACCCGGAUAAGUCCUUCCCUCUGAACAAUGAUGUGGGUGUUCUCAAAUGGAGGCUACAGACUACGGAUGAGACCCUUAUACCACUAACCAUAAACUGCUGGCCUUCUGAGAGUGCCACUGGCUGCGAUGUCAAUAUUGAGUAUGAGCUUCAGGAAGAAGCACUUGAACUGAACGAUGUAGUGAUCUCCAUUCCUGUUCCGGCGGGUGUCGGCGCUCCUGUGAUCGGUGACCUGGACGGAGAAUACCGCCAUGACAGCCGGCGGAAUGUUCUGGAGUGGUGUUUACCUGUGGUGGAUGUCAACAACAAGACAGGAAGUCUUGAGUUCAGCGUGGCAGGCCAGCCUAACGACUUCUUCCCGGUCAACGUUUCCUUUAUCUCUAAAGGAAACUACUGUGACAUAACGGUGGCCAAGGUUUGCCAGGUAGAUGGGCAGGUUCCAGUGAGGUUCUCCUCCGAGACGUCGUUCCUGGUUGACAAAUACGAAAUACUGUAAUUCCCCUGUGUACGGCACCGCCCACCGAAACCACGAUGACAAUAUCCGUGGAUUGACACGUUAUGGAAAGAAACAACCCAACCCUAAACUGUAAAGGGAUAAGUGGUUCGCUGCUAGCCUGUUCAGCACCACCAGUACCACCGACAGGACUCAAAACCCCUUUUUAAAAAAAAAGAAAAGCCCCCUUUCACACCAUGGCUCUCCGGCUUUUGGUGUCUUUCUACCUUUUUACCAGAAAUCUCAUCGAUGGAUCAUCAUAUAGCUGUAUGUAAAAACCUGCUUGACGCACCCUCGAGAAGGAUUGGUGAAGUCGAAGAUCUUUACCCGGGGUAGGUUGGGUGGACCUGGGGUAGUGAAGGGCAGGUGUUGGGUCUGUGUGAAUGAUACUCUCUUUGGCCCAGUUUGUAGCCCAUGAAAUCCUUUGGUAACUUCCGGUAAAACACUACAACCACAUUGUGCUCUGUCUCUGAGAACCACACUGUGAUUGGUACCAAACGGAACCGCUAAAACCUUAACCAAGAUGAUUAAAACGACCGUUUAUAGUUUAGCACACGUUCGAAAGAUCAAAGGAAAAAAUGUCUGUCUUUUUUUUGUCCCUGCGCAGUGAGCAGGCAAGUUAAUAUAAUAAAGUCUAGUAGCCCCCUUUUUCAAUGUAAUAUACUGAUUAAUCAAAUGCCUUGAGGUUGUUCAAUACAAAUUUUUGUACCCACUCCGACGGACUCUAGUUAUAUGCACUAUUUUCCAUAGUUCAUUUGAAGUCCUGUCUGCGAAUUGGACUGUUCUAUAUGAAAGCCUGCAUAUCAAACGCAAGCAAUGAAAGAACCAUAAACCUCUAACGCUCCAAACAUUCUAGGUACAUACAGCAUCAGGAAUGCGCUUGAAUUCAAAGCUGCUUACAGCACUCCCUGUGCUUAUGUGGUAUGCCAUGUGUAGCCCCAGCGGAAAUUGACCCCACAGUCCUGGUGCCGCUAACACAAUGCUCUUACCAGCUAUGCCAUGCCGGAGAACCCUGUCCAUCACCGGUACCCCACGGUCCACCCUCCAAACAGCCCCACUGCAACAAGCCCUCAUGCUUAUUUUGAAUGAAUGAAUGCCAGGGCUUUUUUCUCUCAUUUCACAGAUUUCUCUAUGAAUGGCCAUAUUCACUUUGACUGUGCUCAUGACAUACAAUUGAGAGAGGGUAAAUGUUAAAUAAUAUUUUGUCUGUUGGAUUUAUUUUGUUAGUUAUUCUGAAUAGUGUGGGAUUCAGAUUGUAGGUCGGUGGGGGAGAUUGGAGUUAAAUAAAUGAAUCAACUUUUGUAACCCUAUAGAAUAAUGAACGUGGGUAAUUAACAUUCCAAUGUAAACAUGAAAAAGAUUAAAGUGUAUUAUAAACCCUGAAAA